AUGUCGAAACAUGAUUUAUUAACUUCUCUCCUCAAAGCAAAUCAUGAUACAAAGAACAAGGUGCCGAUGUCUAUAAGUGAUGAAGAUAUUAGAUCAAUUUUACUUGAUAUCUUCCUUGGCGGAUCUGGCACA